AUGAUCACCAUUUUUCUAGCUCUCCUGGUUCUCACUACAAGUCCUGGACAAGUCGAGUUUCCUAACUUCCAACAAACUUCACCUUUCGACUGCUACAUGGCAAUUCAAAAUCUGGACAAUAUCAAGGAUUUCCCAAUGGGGUUAGUAGACUAUCAGCUCAAUGUGCUUCACAAGUGCCUGGGGCUGUUCAAGCUAGCUCCGGCUCCUGAGACAACUGCUCCAGCGGAGACUUCAGUGCCUCCUAGACCGGCGGCAUGA